CCUCGCUUGCUUCCCAAUCAUCCCCAUCUCCUCCAACAUUCAUCUCCCCCGGCUAUACAUCUUGAGCUGCCUGGCCGCGUCGCUGAAACGCCCCAUUCUUGCCUCGAAACCCCAGUAUUCGCUUAGAUCGAAUCCCAUCGGCAUUUCCUUGGCUAUACAGUCGCACUACAAAGAAUGCCGCAGUCAUCCUCAGUUAACUCGCAGGAUCUCCUUUCCAACCUAGAUGGCCCUGAUCCAGUUGAUCUGGAAACCGGACUACCUCUAAUUGUUUGCCAAUCGUGCAAAGAUGUCAGGCUCAUCGCUCUUACCAGCACCCGCCAGAACUCUUGUGGGAAGAGGUUCUUCAAGUGUCCUAGGAACAAGGAGAAGGACCCGACCUCUUGCAGAUCUUACUACUUCCAAGCGGAUUAUGAGACUCUCCUUAGAGGCAUUGGAAAGAUCGGACUUCCUCGUGAGACGACUCCUGCCCGUACCCAAUCUCUUCAUUCGCUCGCGCAGACCCGCACCCCCGACGCCUCCUUGCCUGAACAGAUCGACGACAUCCGCAAGAAGAUCAUCGAGCUCAGUGGUCGGGUGUCUACCCUUUCCACUCAGGGCUCUCUCACCACCGUGCUUAUUUCGUGCAUACUAACUAUGGUGUUCCUAGUUGCCACCAUCGUAGCUAUACUUGCGGCCCUUGUCUAUUUUGUCGUUGCAAACAAGUAGUCUUAGUACGUCACUUCGCCCUUUGUUUGUUGACGACAUUUGUAUUCCACUCUAGUGCUCGCAUAGUAGUAACCCCCCCUUUCCCUCGUUAGUAUUCUUUUUUCUAUAAUUAUGUUGUUUCUGUCAUCUAUAUUAAUCACUAUGUAUGAUAACGUCCCUAAGCUUUGUACUAUCGUUCGCGCAGUUUUCUACAUUACUGUGUAUUAUUCUGUAAAGUACCACAAUUAUUGUCUCGUGAUACGUGGCAAAGUUAACAAUGUUC